AGGGGUAUUGGGAAGCGGUUGUGUGUGCAUGUCAGCUGGCGGAUAUUUACUAUUAUCUCGGAUAUGUUGGCGGCAUCGUAAACAUAACGGCGGUUUUAGUCAGAGCAGCGGCUGGUCGUUUAUCGUUCAUGCUAAUAUAAGCUCGGUUUGCAGUCAAGAUGGUGAUACUACGCAGUAGCGGCAAUGCCGGAGCUGAACCGGCAACUACUCCGAAGAGGAGGUCGUUGGAGUUGGAUACAAGCUCCGAGUUUCUGUCGCUGCUUCCCGCGUCGCAGAGAAAGUCCGCCCGCCUGACCCGCUCCUCCCGGGCCCUGGAUGACAGCUUCAGUAGCCCUGAAAACAACACGGUGAACGGUCAUGCUGAUGUGAUGAAGGAGGAGGGCAGUGGUCCUUAUCACACUCGGAGGACCAGAGACCCGAGAGUUAAAUUGGAGGUCUCCUUCACAGACAUGGAUGGAAAGACCAGCUCCCCUUUGACUGAGGACAAGACAGCAGGAUCUGGCACCAGGAAAUCUCCCAGGCUGCAGAGAGAGGGGAAAGCAUCCAGUGGCAAGCAACAAGCAGAGGUGCCGGACAAGGUGGAGGAGUCGUCCACUCCCAAGAGGAGCCGCUUCAGUCUCCAGAGCCGAGCGGUGGAAGACGAAGAGGAGGAGGAUGAAGAGGACCGCUCAGUGCGACGUAGUUCCCGAAUCACCAGAUACAAACUGGACUCCCGCAACCAGUCAGUCCUGUAUGACCGACUCAUCACCAACACGGCUGAAGCUGUUCUCCAAAAGAUGGACGACAUGCAGAAGAUGAGGCGCAGACUGAGGAGCAGAGACAGAGACACUAAAGAAGAGAAGAUGGGGAUGUACACGAGAGGCAGCAGGCGGAGGUCUGUGAGGAUCAACGUGCAGAGUAAAAACACCACAGAGGAGGAGAAUCAAGAAGAAGAUGAGGAUGAUGAAGAUGAUCAUGAUGAAGAGGAGGAGGGAGAUGGAGAGGAGGAGGAGGAAGAAGAGGAUGAUGAAGAUGAUGAUGAUGAUGAUGAAGAUGGAGAGGAUGAGGAGGAAGACAACCAGAGGCGCUACGACUUCAGGCAGCGGAAGACGGUGGUUCGCUACCAGGCCCCGCAGGAUGAACCCAGAGAAACCAGGAAGCGCAGCAUGUACUUCAAGAGCCACUCGUCUCCGACCAGACGCAGGUUCAGAUUCAGCUCCACGGCCCCCAGGAGCCCCUACAACAGAAGAAGAACCAGCCGGAGUAGCUCAGAGAGAAGGAGACAUGCCAUUCACAGCAGUGACUCCACAUCCUCCUCUUCAGAUGAUGAGAAAUUCCAGAGACGGAGAAGUACAAACAGGAACAGGUCUGUCAAUAGAUGUCUGCCAAUGAACUUAGUGAAGGAGGACCUGCUGGGGAUCCACAAGGACAGGAUGAAGAUCGGAGCCAGCCUGGCUGAUGUGGACCCCAUGCAGAUAGACAAGACGGUGCGUUUUGAUAGUAUCGGAGGUUUGAGUAGACACAUUGCAGCACUGAAGGAGAUGGUGGUCUUCCCUCUCCUCUAUCCAGAAGUCUUUGAGAGGUUCAAGAUACAGCCACCCAGGGGCUGUCUGUUCUAUGGCCCUCCAGGUACAGGGAAAACCCUUGUAGCCAGAGCACUAGCUAAUGAGUGCAGUCAGGGGGAGAGGAAGGUGUCAUUCUUCAUGAGGAAAGGAGCCGACUGCCUCAGUAAGUGGGUGGGAGAAUCGGAGAGACAGCUGCGACUUCUGUUUGACCAGGCCUACCAGAUGCGUCCGUCCAUCAUCUUCUUCGAUGAGAUUGACGGUUUGGCUCCAGUCAGGUCUAGCCGACAGGACCAGAUCCACAGCUCCAUUGUGUCCACCCUCCUGGCUCUCAUGGAUGGUUUAGACAGUAGAGGAGAGGUCGUAGUGAUAGGAGCCACAAACAGACUGGAUUCCAUCGACCCAGCUCUGAGACGACCGGGACGCUUCGACAGAGAGUUCCUCUUCGGUUUGCCAGACAGAGAGGCAAGAAAGGACAUUCUGAAGAUCCACACCAGACAGUGGACUCCUCAACCCUCUGACGCUUUCCUGGAGGAACUGGCUGACAAGUGUGUUGGUUACUGUGGAGCAGACAUCAAGGCGGUGUGUUCAGAGGCUGCUCUGUGUGCGCUGCGCCGACGCUACCCCCAGAUCUACUCCUCCUCACAGAAACUAGUACUGGAUGUCAACAACAUUGCCAUUGGCAACAGGGACUUCAUGUCUGCAAUGGCCAAGAUGGUGCCCGCAGCCCAGAGGGCGGUCGUGUCACCAGCCAAGGCCCUGAUACCAGCCAUCCGUCCUCUGCUCAGUGCAGCCCUUCAGGACAUCCUGCACAUCGUCAGCAGGCUGUUCCCCCAUGCUGAACAGGGCCUGAAAAGGAAAAGAGACCAAGAUGUGCCCUGUGGUGUGUUUGAGGAUGAUGUGAUAUUCAGUGAAGAUGAGGAUUCAGCACUCUGCUUCAAUGGACCGACCUCUCAGCCUCAACCCAGAACAUCUGCUGCUAAAGAACUGCUCAACCUCAGUAGGAGUGUGCUGAGCCAGCCAACCUCCUUCCGUCCCAGGCUGCUGCUGGAGGGCAGACCGGGCUCCGGUCAGAGCUCCCACCUGGCCCCUGCUCUCCUCCACGCACUGGAGAAAUUCACUGUGUACACUCUGGACAUGGCUGUGCUGUUUGGAGCCAGUGCCACUGCACCUGAAGAGACCUGUGCUCAGCUCUUUGUUGAAGCAAAGCGGACCUCUCCCAGUAUCCUGUACAUUCCUCACAUCGGGCAGUGGUGGGAGACGGUGGGUCCUGCCUUAAGAGCCACCUUCCUCAGCCUUCUGCACUCUAUCCCCGCCUUUGCUCCCAUACUACUGCUGGCUACCUGCAGCCUGCCUUAUGAGCGACUCAGUGCUGAGGUUCAGGAGCUGUUUCGUGUCGAGUAUGGGGAGGUUUUCCAUGUCCGAGUCCCCACCAGCAGGGAAAGGAGAGAUUUCUUUGAGGACCUGAUCCUCAACCAGGCGGCCAAGGCUCCUCCAUCUAAGAAGAAAGCUGUGCUCCGAGCACUGGAGGUGCUCCCCGUCGCCCCUCCGCCUCCGCCUCGUCAGCUGACAGAAAAGGAGGCGCAGCGAUUGGAGGAGCAGGAAGAAGACACACUCAGGGAGCUCCGCCUCUUCCUGCGUGAUGUCACCAACCGCCUGUCCCAGGACAAACGCUUCAAGGCCUUCACGAAGCCUGUGGAUUUAGAGGAGGUGCCAGACUACGCUGAGGUGAUCAAGCAGCCAAUGGACCUGUCGACUGUUCUCUCCAGGAUCGACCUCCAUCACUACGGCACAGUCAAGGAGUUCCUCCAUGAUGUCGACCUCAUCUGGCAGAAUGCCCUGGAGUACAACCCUGACAGAGACCCCUCAGACCGUCAGAUUCGCCACAGAGCGUGUGCUUUGAAGGACACAGUCCAUGCCAUCAUCACAGAUGAACUGGACGAAGACUUUGAGAAGAUCUGUGAGGAGAUCAAGGAGUCACGCCGCAAAAGAGGUUGCUCCACUGCACAGUUCGCUCCGUCCUUCUACCACGUUCUUCCCAAGCAGCCCAGAGCUCCUGCUGAGGCCAAGACGAGUGACGUUUUGCCAGCAAGAGAGCCUCCCGGAGCCACAGCAGCUCCUGCUGCUGCACCUGCUGCUGCUGCUGCUGUCACAUCACCCAAACAUCCAGUCAAGAAGAAACGUCGGAAGAGCCGGAAGAGCCGUUGGUGUAACGGCAUCAUUUCCAAGAAGAAGUCCACCUCCUCGCCUCACGUCAAAGAUGACGCACACCCAACCGGUUCCGAGGAGGACGAAGAGGAUGGGGAGGAUGAGGAGGAUGCUGGGAAGGGUGAAGCAGCAACACACGGGGAGGGGGCGGGAGGAGAGGAGGAGCAGAUGGAGGUCGCCAUAGAGUCAGGACUUAUGGCAACUCAGGAUGUUAGUUUAGGUUGUGAUUCGAAGGAACGGGAUGGUCAGGAGGAGGAAAAAGAGGAGAGGAGUCAGGUAGCUGAAGAGGUCAUGCUGUGUGGAGACGGGGAAGCCAGCUCAAACGGACCCGUGCUGUCAGAUGAAAACACCAAGCUGUCAGCAGAGGGAGAGGAACAGAACAGCGGAGGCACUACAGCGAGGGCUAACAUGGACAGCAACACGGCCACAGGGAGAGAUGGCCAGGGGCAAACCAGCACAACGGAGAGUAAUGAAAACCACAGCCAGAAACCAUCAGACUGCAGAGUCGAAACCCCUGCUGGGCAUUCACAGACUGAGGAACGGUGUGCAGACAUGGAGGCUGAGGAGAAUCAAACUGCACCGCAAGGAGACGGCAGGAACAACACAGAAACUACAUCAGAGGAGGCAGAGCAGAACGGCCACGAAGAGCCGAUGGAAGUGGAAGAAACAGAAAACAGGCAAACGUCCUCCAACCCCCCUGGAGCUGACAAGGUGGAGGAGGACACUGGCACAGAGCGGAGUGUGAGGCACAUGACCCGGGCUCUGAAGAAUGCAGUGCUGCAGCAGCAGAUGAUCGAUGUGGAAACAGCUCUGCACAUCCUGGACCAGGAGACUCCUCCUGUGGUGGUGGACAGAGACAAAUUAAAGGAGCUGCUGGACAGACUAGUGGCCAAGACAGACAACUAUGAAGUCCAUCAGCUGGAGAAACUGUACGCUCUGCUCUGCCAGAGCAUCUAUAGACACAGAAGAGACUACAACAAGGCCGCACUAAUACAGGAGAUGGAGCAAGAGAUUGAAGAUUUUUAUUGAGUUUUCUACAAGAACAAUGUGACCUUUUUUUAAGGAUAAAUACACCUAACCCUCAGUUGUGUAAAUGUACAAUACCGCAUCUAUUUUCAUAGUAAUUUACAGCAUUUGCUACUCUUAGUAUGCUUUUUUGCUUUAUUUAAUUAAAGGUUUUUCCUCAUAAUA